CGCUGAUUGGCUAGAGCCAGGGCAGCCAAAACCCACGCACAGUCAAGGCCGGAGCACGGAAAAAAUAUUGGCCCUGCCCACUUUUAGGUCUUCAAGCCCUCCAAAGCGAAAUUUCGGCGUAGGGCAAUUUUCUGUGUGCCAGCCCGCUUUGGUGCUUAUUGAACUCCAACCCACCAAUCGAUCUAGAGAAGACGUCGUCAAUUCUUCCCAGUUCACCACACAUAACCACACAUUCACAAUGUCUACCGCCGAGCUCGCUUCUUCCUACGCCGCUCUCAUCCUUGCUGAUGACGGCAUUGAGAUCACCGCCGACAAGCUCCAGACCUUGAUCAAGGCUGCUGGUGUCGAGGUUGAGCCCAUCUGGACCUCUCUCUUCGCCAAGGCUCUUGAGGGCAAGGAUGUCAAGGAGCUGUUGACCAACGUUGGCUCUGGUGGCGCUGCCGCCCCUGCUGCCGCUGCUGGUGGUGCCGCCGCUGCCGGUGGUGCUGCUACUGAGGCCGCCGCUGAGGAGAAGGUUGAGGAGAAGGAGGAGUCUGAUGAGGACAUGGGCUUCGGUCUCUUCGACUAAAGAACCCAUAUUAAAAACCACGACGACGACUGUUUUCUUGCUUCUUUGUACUUCGACUGCAUGGCUUCGGGGGUUAACAGGGUUAACGUAUAAAUCGAUCGAUCAUACAGGAUGGAGAAGGCGCAAUAUAUCAUGCUUGCCUUGGACAGAGUAGCUUUUACUCAUACGAUAAUAUGACGAAAAAUGCAACUCAAAAACAAAUCUGUUUUUAUCGGCGUUUCUACGUGCUGGAGAGGACGGAAACUGAAGUUUGGAUCAGUUACUUAAAAAAAGUUGGCGCAGUAAGAACUUGGAAACAAAGAGCCUUCACCAUG